ACGUCGAUCAAAUGUAAGUUUUUCUUGUUUAUUUUAAUAUCCUGAUCGCAUAUUUUUAUAAGACUUUUCUAAGGAAAGGCUGUUAUUAGCCAAUAAACUCAAAUAAUUUGCCGAAAUACAUAAUAAACUGUGAAAUGUUGUGUUAGCUGGCAAAGCACUGUCAUUAGAUAAUGUAGGAGAAUAAACACCACGUUCUUAAUUAAAACAAGUGAAAAAUACAUUGCAGAUUGACUUUAAUAUCAGUUAAUAUUUUUAAAGUAUUCCGCUCCUUUUCGUCUGACAAUAACAACAGAACAGAGAAGUUCAGUCCACUUGUCUUUUUUAGAUCAGAAUGUAUUGUCCAUUCUGUGGCUUCAAAUGGCGAGACUUGCCCAGAUUUUGCUGUUCAUGUGGGCGAAAUGUAGCAUUUGUAACGGAGAACACAGCUAAAACUGCGGGUGAUGACCAGGGGUCAUGUGAACCUCUGCCCAAAGGUAAUAUUCUCCUUCCCUAUCUACAGGGCCACGUUGCUAUGUUAGGUGAUGACAAUGCCCAAAUCUAGUUACAUUUAAUGUAAUUUUAUGCAUUUUUCUCUCUUUUGUUUGUUUGCGUGUGUGCGUGCGUGCGUGCGUGCGCGUGUGCGCGCACACGUGUGUUUCAGUGACUGAUACUCGUGGCAUUCCAGCUACAGUGACUGAAACACGUACCAUUCCAGCUAAUUCAUCUGUUCUCCAGUUCAUGAAAUACAGACAACUAAAAGAAACUGAAAGGAGAACAUUCUCAAGAAGUAAAAAGAAAUUAAAGAAAACAGUGAGGAUUUCUGUUGGGGUCAUGAGUAAGAAAAGGAAUGACUUCAAGCCCAUAAGAGGGAAAAACCUGCCUUUAAAUGUUGAACCUGAGUGGUCCUCCGAGCAACUUUUGGCAGCUGCCAUUAAAAAACUAAAGGACUUCAAUCAAGACAUGGAAGAUGGAGAAUAUGUCUUGCUUUAUCCUGAUGGCUCUCAGAUAAAAAAUAUCCCUGGGACUGACACACCCUUUACCAUUGGUCAAUACAAAGAGGCCAUUGGAAAAGCUUAUCAAAGGAUCACAUUUUACAUCUGCACACUUAAGGCUUUUUUGUCAAAGAGUUAUGGAGAAGACUCGUUUUCAGAAGAUGAGGAUGAUGAAGUUGUUGUUAAUGUUCCACCCAAUAGGUCACCUCUUUCUGACACAGUGGUAGGUACAUCUUAGGGAUUUAGGUGUCAAAAUGUCUAUGGUUACAGUACAGUUAUAAUGCAAAAAACUCUCUUAGUCACCCCAAAUAUAGGCAUAUGCAGACAGUGUUAUAGGCUGAGAAUUAGUUUAGUGUUUUAUCUUUACACUUGGCAGCUUUGGUCAAGUCCUGAAAGCAGUACACCAGAGCCUAGACAUUGGUCAACUGCAACUUCUGAGCCAUCAACAUCCCAGUCAUGUAAUGAGCAAGGGCUGUAUCCCAAAAGUGCAACAACAUCCCAACAGGCCAAGAGUACAACAAGACCCCAACAGGCAACCACCCCAGUGGAUCAUGUCACAUCAAGUGACUUUUACAAUACAUAUACCAACAUCUACGCACCUGUCAUUAUUGACAGCAGUUCAUCAGAUCUUGAAGAAGUAGAAAAAUGUCAAGAGAAAGACAGUGAUGGACAAGAUGGACUGACAGCUGCAGACAUAGUGUCAAAUCUGUCACAUAAGCUUAACACAACAUCCUGUAGCAGAUUUAACAUUAAUCGGGCCAAUGUCUGGGAUGGUGCCUUAAGGGGUUUCAGGCGCUGCUCAUUUGAUCCCGCCUGCAGCAUGUUGGUGAAAUUUACAGAUGAUGCUGGCCUGAUGGAAGAGGCUUUGGACAGUGGUGGGCCGACUCGAGAAUUCCUAACUCUGUUGAUGGAUGCAAUCAAAACGAGAAGAGUGUUUGAAGGCAAAGACAAUGCCAAAUACCUCUCAUAUGAUAGUAAAGCUGCAGAAGACAAUGAAUAUUUCCACAUUGGGAGAAUGAUUGCAGUAUCCAUUGUCCAUGGAGGCCCAGGCCCUGCUUGUCUUUCCCCCAACUUUUUCCUUUACCUAAUUGGUAAAGUAAAGACAGUUGAUGCCCCAAUUGAGGAUAUACCUGAUGAUGAGGUCAAGAAGGCCCUCCUUGAGAUAAAAAAUGCUACAUCACUGAGUGAACUCCAGGGAAUCUGUGAACAACACUCCAGCAUGCUUCAGACCGCAGGCUGCUAUCGAUUUUUGAGGACUCUAGAGGAUAAGAUGAAAGUAGUUGAUGAUUAUAUUCAGUGGUAUUUUAUCUACCAAAAUCAUCUUUCAAUCCAGAGGUAUAAUAUUCUUUUCUGUUGGCUUGUAAAAAAUCUUUAAUACAAAGUCACAAAUAUUUUAUUCCUACUUUACAAACACUGUAUGUGUUUAGUCACAUAAUGCACAUUUUGACUUGAAAAAGUAAUUAUUAAAUUACAGCUAUUGUCAAUUGGUAUGUAUUUUGUAGGUUCAAAGAGGGACUAGCAACUAGUGAUGGUCAACCCGGAUCUUUUUAAGGAUUCGGGUUAUUCUGAGUCACUCACUAAUAUGAUCCGGGUUGUGCGAGUCACUCGAGUCACUUGAGUCACUUGGUCAAAAUCUCCCAAUUCCAAUCGCUAAGUCAUACUAAUGCCAACCAAGCAACUCGGAUCACGCGUGCAGCUACGAGUUUAUGACUCCUCUGCUCACAAAAAAGGGCUUAUGUGACCUGAGGAACUCGUAAAAAACAUGCAUGCCCGUGGUAACAUUAUCAAUAACAUAAUUGUAAAAGUUUGGUGUGUUUGGUUUCAUUUCAUAACGACAAAUAUAUCAACACCACAUUUAGAAGAUGUCAGGCUUGGUUGACUUGGACGUGAGAGGAACGUGUCCUGUUUCAGAUUGACUUAAAAGAUCCACGAUAGGCUUCGGUUAAUCUUGUGAGUGAGUCCCAGACAGAGCCGCUCGCCCGCUCCUGCACGGGUCCUGUGAGUGAACCACUCACG